CCCGGCCUCACCCAACGCCCCCACCCACCCGAACACCCAGUCUAACUGGAGACAGCCGGAUGCCGGUUGACCCUGGGCCCGAGGUGGGCAGUGGCUGGCCAGGCCUCCUCAUGUCCUGCCUGAAGGGCCCCCAUGUCAUCCUCAAGAUGGAGGCCAUGAAGAUUGUUCACCCUGAGAAGUUCCCUGAGCUGCCGGCGGCUGCCCCUUGCUUCCCACCUGCACCACGGCCCACCCCUGCUCUGGCACCCAAACGCGCCUGGCCCUCAGACACAGAGAUCAUCGUCAACCAGGCAUGUGGGGGGGACAUGCCUGCCUUGGAUGGGGCACCCCGCACCCCUCCCUUGCCACGACGGCCCCGAAAGGGCAGUGUGGAGUUGGGCUUCCCCCGAGUGGCGCCAGCAGACGAGGUCAUCGUGAAUCAGUACGUGGUGCGGCCUGGCCCUGCCACCUCGGGGCCCCCCGCCACGGCGGCACCAGCUUCGGGUGAGCCCCUGGAGUGCCCCACCUGCGGGCACACGUACAACGUCACUCAGCGGCGGCCCCGAGUGCUGUCCUGCCUGCACUCGGUGUGUGAGCAGUGCCUGCAGAUUCUCUAUGAGUCCUGCCCUAAGUACAAGUUCAUCUCCUGUCCCACCUGCCGCCGCGAGACUGUGCUCUUCACGGACUACGGCCUGGCUGCACUCGCCGUCAACACGUCCAUUCUGAGCCGCCUGCCACCUGAGGCGCUGACCGCCCCGUCCGGUGGCCAGUGGGGGGGUGAGCCCGAGGGCAGCUGCUACCAGACCUUCCGACAGUACUGUGGGGCUGCGUGCACCUGCCACGUGCGGAACCCGCUCUCCGCCUGCUCCAUCAUGUAGCACCCGCCCGCUCGCCACUGCCCGCCA